UAUCGCCCGAGAAGCCCGGACGCUUAGAGUCCUUUAAAGCCUCGCGCGAACGGACCGCACAGUUGUAGUCGCGUUUUUGCAAUCAUCCAGCAAUGGAGUCGGUCAGUCAGGUAGCCACGCGCAUUCUGCUACUCGUGCUGCUUUCAACGAUGCACGCGAGCACCGCGGCACAAUCGAACAAGAUAAGAUUGCAAGUGAAUAGUGAAGAUGGACGAUUGACCGUCCCAGAAUUGGUGACAAAGUACGGGUACGGGGUCGAAGAGCAUCCAAUUACGACCGACGACGGCUAUCGGCUGAUACUGCAUCGAGUGAACAGUGAAAACACCCGCCCCAAUGCGACCGUAGUCCUGCUGAUGCACGGAUUGCUCUGCAGCUCUGCCGAUUGGGUGGUGAUCGGUCCGGGAAAUGCGCUGGCGUAUCUGCUGGCUGAUCGAGGAUACGACGUGUGGCUUGGUAACGCUCGGGGUAAUCGCUAUUCACGCAAGCACGACAAUAUGGAUCCAAAGGGGACCGAGUUUUGGAAGUUUUCCUGGCACGAGAUCGGCCUGUACGAUCUACCGGCUACGAUCGACUAUAUACUCAAGCGGACGCAACAACGCCGGUUGCACUACGUCGGUCACUCUCAAGGGACCACCGCAUUCUUCGUGAUGACCACCAUGAGACCGGAAUACAACGAAAAGGUGAUAGAGAUGCAGGCACUGGCUCCGGUUGCAUUCAUGGAGCACAUGAGUAGCCCUUUGCUGAAGCUGAUGACACGGUUCCUGAACACACUGAAUGUCCUGUUCUCCCUAUUCGGUAUCGCCGAGUUCCUGCCAAACACACCCAUUCUACAGGAGGUCGCCACGCGUAUCUGUCCCCCGACAGCAACCACUAACCUGUGCAUGCAUCUGCUCUUCCUGCUUUCCGGCUACGAUCCUACUCAGCUCGAUCCGGCAUUGGUGCCGAUCCUUUUGGGUCACACGCCGGCUGGGGCCGCGACAAAGCAAGUGGUUCAUUUCGCUCAAGGCGUGCGUUCCAAAAGAUUUCAGCACUACAAUUAUGGAAAAGUGAAGAAUCUCGUCAUUUAUGGGAAAAUAUCUCCACCCGAGUACAAUCUUACCCAGAUCACCGUGCCGAUCAUGAUUUACUACGGACUAAACGAUUUGCUGGCGGCUCCCGAUGACGUUCACAGGCUGGCGGCGAGCCUGCCCAAUUUACAGCAAAAGGUGCAGGUGAACCACGCCAGGUUUAAUCAUUUGGAUUUCCUGUUGGCCAACGAUGUGCGCACCCUGCUAUACGACGGUUUGAUCGAGCGGAUCACUACGGUUGAUAAGCAUGCGGCGAAUUGAAGAGACCGGGGAAUGCGCAAUGAGCUGGCAUUUCCCUCCACUGGAAUGGAUAAGGGGGUACUCUAGAGACAAAGCUGUUCCACCUGUGAUACUGCUGUCGAGCUGAUGGUUUAACUGUGACGAUGCAUGCAUGCCCCUUUUCCAAGAUUCUCCCCAGCUCUUGACUGGAACUUUCUGAUAAUGUAUUUCCCGUGCGUCAGAGAACAUCCCGCGGAUCCUGUAGCUUUUAAGUAUUGCGGGCUUGUCGAGUUGAAUGAAACUGAUAACACAAUAAAGAGAUAGUUGUGGAA